AUGGCUGCACGAGCUCCAGCUGGCCGGCCUGGCGCAGGUGGCAGGUUUGCACAGUUCAAGCUCGUUCUUCUCGGUGAAUCUGCCGUAGGAAAGAGCUCAUUAGUCCUUCGUUUCGUCAAAGACCAAUUCGAUGAUUACCGCGAGUCAACAAUUGGCGCCGCUUUCUUGACACAAACAAUCACACUAGAUGAGAACACGACGGUCAAGUUCGAGAUAUGGGAUACGGCAGGCCAAGAAAGAUACAAGUCGUUGGCACCCAUGUACUACCGCAACGCAAACUGCGCAGUCGUCGUCUACGAUAUCACCCAGGCUUCUUCUCUAGAUAAAGCCAAAUCAUGGGUGAAAGAGCUGCAAAGACAAGCUAACGAGAAUAUUAUCAUCGCAUUGGCGGGAAACAAGGUGGACGUGGUCAACGAACAUCCCGACAAGCGCGCGAUCCAAACCGCCGACGCAGAAGCCUACGCCAAAGAAGCAGGCCUCCUCUUCUUUGAAACUUCUGCAAAGACGUCAACCAACGUCCGGGAACUAUUUACUGCUAUUGCAAAGAAAUUACCACUCGACCAGGCCGGUCCCCGCAACCUGCGAUCGAAUCCUAGACCCGGAGUAGAUCUACGACCGGAGUCGACCGGCACGCAAGGAGCAUCAAACUGCCAGUGUUAA